GUUCUCGCACAAGGAUACCUUCACGACCGUCUGAUGAAUUGACUUGGUCAAGCAUUUCCGGUGCACUUUCUCAGGCUCUGUGCCAACCAUGCGUUCAGCAAGUCACGCACACACUUUGAUUGACAGCGGUGAUGGAUGGGUUAAAAGCUAAGUUCAUCUGCCAACCACCACUAACCUCUUGACAGGUACAUCUGGGACUUCUAUGAUUGAUCUUCUGUGUCCAGUUCCUUCGGCUUGCGAGGUUUCGGCUUUGGAGAUGGGUAAUCUCUGGUGCUCUCGACUGGAACCACAGGUAGUCAUUCAUUACAAACUGACGAUCUAUUUCUACUUUCGUUGCAAAUCGUCAUUGUGUGAUGAAAGCGAGUUCACAGGAACUUGGAAAGUUGCGCAAGUCGUUGUAUUCUCUUCGCGGAAUGGGUCGGGUCAAAUGACAUUCCCGUGGGUGACAUGCCAUGUAAUGUCGAAUCUCGAAUGCCCAUUAUGGUUGGCAAGACCUUCUGUGUUCAAGGUUCCUGCCAUGAUGUGUCCCACAGGAGUCAAAAAUAUCGGACAUCGGACUCUUGAUGUCCACACGUUCCUCAACAUAAAUACCAAGCGAGGACCUUCCUAAAGUCAUUCAGUGGCACACCUGCCUUACCCUUCCUUUAGCCUACAGUAUGUUCCCUGUAUCGUCUCUCCUUACAACCAUCGUGCUGGCCCUUGCGGUGGUUGGCACCCCUCUUUUUGAGCGAGAUGAGACCCUCCUUCGCCGUGUUACGGGCGGGACUAUCACCCUCCAAGCUGCGAAGCGCAUCAACUCCACCAAUAUUCGUGAAGUUGGAUUGCUUCAGCGAGACCAGGCUCGCGCAAAAGUACUGAAGGCUCGUGCUACUGCAAAGGGGCCUUUUGACAACGCCCCCAUCGUCGGAAGUAUUCCUGCUACGAACCAGGCCGUAGAUUAUACUGUGACGCUCAACAUCGGCAAUCCGCCCACUGCCUAUACCGUUUUGGUCGACACCGGCAGUUCGAACACUUGGGUCGGCGCAAGUAAACCCUACAUCCAGACAAGUACGAGUAUCCAAUCUCGUGACCGUGUGUCUGUCAUCUAUGGAUCCGGAGAUAUGCAAGGGACUGAAUUCAACGACAAGAUCUCUUUGGGAUCCACCUUGACUGUCUUUGGUCAGUCAAUUGGAGUUGCAACAAGUCAGACUGGUUUUGAUGAUGUUGACGGUAUUCUGGGCCUCGGUCCUAACGACCUGACACUCGGAACCCUAAGUCCGGAUACAACGACUCUGAUUCCAACGGUUACCGACAACCUCUUCUCCCAAGCUGUCAUCAGCCAAAAUUUGGUCUCGAUUUCAUUCGAGCCAACCACACAGCUGUCGGUCACCAAUGGAGAGCUUACUUUCGGUGGCACGGACUCCAAUAAAUUCGUCGGCUCCAUCAAUUUUGCACCUAUCACCAGGAAAUCUCCUGCUUCGCGCUUCUGGGGUAUCGACCAGGCCAUUCGACUUGGUACUACCUCUAUCUUAUCUCAAACCGCAGGCAUUGUCGACACCGGCACUACCCUCACCUUGAUUGCGACUGAUGCUUUCCAGCGCUACCAACAAGCCACUGGCGGUGUAUUUGAUGCUGCCACCACUUUGCUCAAGAUCAGCCCUGCGCAAUUUGCAAACCUGAAGAGCUUGUUCUUCACGAUCAACAAUGUUGACUACGAAUUCACUGCGAACGCACAGAUCUGGCCGAGAGCCUUGAACACGGCUAUCGGUGGAGAUCCCAAUGGCAUUUUCCUCAUCGUUGCAGAUAUUGGUUCUCCUUCAGGGCAAGGCUUUGACUUCAUUAACGGCUUCACCUGGCUUGAGCGGUUCUACGCUGUGUUCGACACCGCAAACCAACGUGUCGGCCUGGCAAACACUCCCUUUACUCGCGCAACGACCAACUAAAUAUGUAGCGUGAAGUACAUUCCUGGUUCUUGAUCUUUUGUGGGUUUGGGGACUCUCUUGAGAAAUUGGCUAGACAGUAUCACACCCUGUAAAAAUAUAGGGACCUUAUGGCAGAAUGCGAUCAUACACUUCUGCUUGUGUUC